CUCGGCCGGCCGCGCCCAGCCCGGCGCCCCGAGCCGCGCAGAGGAGGAUCCCUGCGCAGUGACCCGGGAGCCGCCGCGGACGCUGGGAGGCUCGGCGGCUGGAGCGGCAGGCGGUUCUCCGCACCUCCAGGCGCUUCCAGGCAGCCCCCCGAGCCGAUCCAGAGGCCCGGCGGCCCGGCCUUCCCAGCCCCGAGCCAUGAUGAAGACCUUGUCCAGCGGGAACUGCACGCUGAGCGUGCCCGCCAAGAACUCCUACCGCAUGGUGGUGCUGGGCGCCUCCAGGGUGGGCAAGAGCUCCAUCGUCUCCCGCUUCCUCAAUGGCCGCUUCGAGGACCAGUACACCCCCACCAUCGAGGACUUCCACCGCAAGGUCUACAACAUCCGCGGCGACAUGUACCAGCUGGACAUCCUGGAUACCUCUGGCAACCACCCCUUCCCCGCCAUGCGGAGGCUGUCCAUCCUCACAGGCGACGUCUUCAUCCUGGUCUUCAGCCUGGACAACCGGGAGUCCUUCGACGAGGUCAAGCGCCUCCAAAAGCAGAUCCUGGAGGUCAAGUCCUGCCUGAAGAAUAAGACCAAGGAGGCGGCCGAGCUGCCCAUGGUCAUCUGCGGCAACAAGAACGACCACGGCGAGCUGUGCCGCCAGGUGCCCGCCACCGAGGCGGAGCUGCUGGUGUCGGGCGACGAGAACUGUGCCUACUUCGAGGUGUCGGCCAAGAAGAACACCAACGUGGACGAGAUGUUCUACGUGCUCUUCAGCAUGGCCAAGCUGCCCCACGAGAUGAGCCCCGCGCUGCACCGCAAGAUCUCGGUGCAGCACGGCGACGCCUUCCACCCCCGGCCCUUCUGCAUGCGCCGCGUCAAGGACACGGGCGCCUACGGCAUGGUGUCGCCCUUCGCCCGCCGCCCCAGCGUCAACAGUGACCUCAAGUACAUCAAGGCCAAGGUCCUUCGGGAGGGCCAGGCCCGGGAGAGGGACAAGUGCACCAUCCAGUGAGAGGGAGGGACCCAGGGGAGGGGCUCGGGCAGUGCCUUAAGGGAGGUGGCCCCAGACGCCCGCUGCGGUGUCCCCAAGAGCUCAGCAGCAUCGUGUUCAAAGACCUUUGGCACCAGCCCGAGGCCCAGGCGCUGGGCCCUGAGCAUUCUGCCCUCGCCACGUCCCUCUUGUCCUCUUGUCCGUGGCUUCCCCGGACUUCGGCUGCUCCGUGGGAAGACCAACGUAUCCCUGGGGACAGGGGCCAACCAGGAGCUGUCAGGACCGAUGCGGGCCCUGAGUUGGAGCCUUCCGGUCGCUGGGUUGGAAGACAAGCUGAUGCUAGAGGUCGGGAGCCUCCGAGGACAAGUUGCGGACUGA